CCACUCAAAAGAUUCACUCCAAACACUCCGCCGCGCACGAACGAACACGACGGCCGUCCCCGACGCUGAUGUCCCGCCGCAUCCGCCUUCGCCGCGCGCUCCUACUCCGGCUGAAGUCCGGCCUGCGCCACUCCUUUACCUCGCCGUUUUCCCGCCUCCGCAUCCGCCUCCGCCGCUAUUCCACCGCGCCGAUGUCUCGCCUCCGUCUCCGCCUCCCCCGCGGCAGCUCCUCCCCCACCACACUGAUACCCCGCCUCCGGCUCCUCCGCCGCUGCUCCACCUCCACCUCCACGUCGUCGCCCUCACGCUCCUGGUCUCCCCGAGACGCCUUUGCCGCGGCCACGGAGCGUGUUCGCGCCGGGACGCUCAGCCUGGAAGACGCUCACAAACUGUUCGACGAAUUGCUCGGUCAGGCCACCCCGGUCCCGGAGCGCUCCCUGAACGGCUUCCUUGCCGCCCUCGCCCGCGCGCCCGCCUCCGGUGCCUGCAUCAGAGAUGGCCCCGCCCUUGCAGUGGCUCUCUUCAACCGUGUGUGCAGAGAGGAAGCCGGCGCGCAGGUGGCGGCGCUCACAGUUUGCACCUACAACAUCCUCAUGGACUGCUGCUGCCGUGCGCGUCGUCCGGACCUAGGGCUUGCCUUAUUUGGCUGCUUCCUCAGGAAGGGCCUGAAGACAGACCAGACCGGCGCCAACACCUUCCUCAAGUGCCUCUGCUACGCGAAACGGACGGAUGAGGCUGUGAACGUGCUCCUCCACAGGAUGUCCGAGCUCGGCUGUGUGCCUAAUGCCGUUUCGUACAACACUGUUCUGAAGGGCUUAUGCGACAAUAGCAUGAGUCAGCGGGCGCUCAACCUGCUCCAGAUGGUGGCGGGAAAAGGAGGUGGCUGCUUCCCUGAUGUGGUGGCGUAUAGCACGGUCAUCCAUGGCUUUUUUAAGGAGGGUGAAACAGGGAAGGCAUGCAGUCUAUUCCAUGAAAUGAUGCAGCAAGGGAUUGUGCCCAGUGUGGUGACAUAUAACUCGAUUAUUGAUGCGUUGUGCAAGGUCAGAGAAGUGGACAAGGCAGAGCUAGUCCUUCGUCAGAUGGUUGCUAAAGGUGCUCAACCCGAUACAGUGACAUAUAAUUGCAUGAUCAAUGGAUAUGCCACAUCUGGGCGGUUGAAAGAGGCUGCUAAAAUGUUCAGAGAAAUGAAAAGCCGGGGUCUUACACCAAAUGUUGUUACUUGCAACUCGUUCCUGGCCUCCCUUUGCAAGCACCGAAGUAGCAAAGAAGCUGCAGAAUUUUUUGAUUCCAUGACAGCCAAGGGCCAAAAACCUGAUAUCAUCUCGUAUUGUACUUUGCUUCAUGGGCAUGCCAGAGAAGGAUGCUUUACUGAUAUGAUUGAUCUCUUUAAUUCAAUGAAAAGCAAUGGUAUUGCAGCCGACUGCCAUGUUUUCACCAUAUUAAUUGAUACCUAUGCUAAACGCGGAAUGAUGGAUGAUGCAAUGCACAUAUUUACGGAAAUGCAGCAACAAGGUGUGAGUCCAAAUGUUGUCACAUAUUCAACUGUAAUAUCAGCACUUUCUAGAAUGGGUAGGUUGACCGAUGCUAUGGAAAAAUUUAAUCAGAUGGUUGCCUUGGGAGUACAGCCGGAUAGAGCUAUUUAUCAGUCCCUAAUUCAGGGCUUUUGUAUGCAUGGUGGUUUGGUUAAAGCUAAGGAGUUGGUUUCUCAAAUGAUAAACAAAGGUAUUCCUCAUCCUAACAUUGUGUUCUUCAAUUCAGUAAUAAACAGUAUGUGCAAGGAAGGCAGGGUUAUGGAUGCACAUGAUAUCUUUGACUUGGUUAUAGACAUAGGUGAUAGGCCUGAUGACACUUCAUUUAAUUCACUGAUUGAUGGAUAUUGCUUAGUCGGGAAGAUGGAUAAAGCAUUCGGAAUGCUUAAUGCCAUGGAAUCAGUUGGUGUUGAGCCUGAUAUUGUUACUUACAGUACACUUGUUAAUGGCUAUUGUAGAAAUGGAAGGAUCGAUGAUGGUUUGACUCUGUUUAGAGAAAUGAUGUGCAAGGGAGUUAAACCUACAACUGUGACAUAUGGCAUCAUACUGGAUGGGUUGUUUCAUUCUGGGAGAACUGUUGCUGCAAUGAAAAUGUUCCAUCAGAUGAUUGAAAGUGGAACAACAGUGACCAUUUCCACGUACAGUAUAAUACUUGGAGGUCUUUGUAGAAAUAAUUGUGCAGACGAAGCGAUUGUCCUGUUCCAGAAAUUAGGAGCAAUGAAUGUAAAGUUCAGUAUUACAAUACUCAAUACCAUGAUUAAUGCAAUGUACAAGGUUCAAAGAAAAGAAGAAGCUAAGGAGUUGUUCGGUACAAUAUCAGCCAGUGGGUUGGUGCCUAAUGAAUGUACUUAUGGAGUAAUGAUAAAAAAUCUUCUGGAAGAAGGAUCAGUGGAAGAAGCUGACAAUAUGUUUUCGUUUAUGGACAGGAGUGGUAUAGUCCCCAGCUCCCGUCUCAUGAAUGAUAUCAUCAGAAUGUUGUUGGAAAAAGGUGAGAUUGCCAAGGCCGGAUAUUAUCUGUCUAAAGUUGAUGGAAAGAGCAUAUCACUUGAAGCUUCAACUACUUCAUUGAUGUUUUCUCUCUUUUCAAGGAAAAGCAAAUAUCAGGAGGAUAUGAAAUUGCUCCCUGCAAAGUAUCAAAUUUUCGACGGAUUAGUUGUCUAGCUGGUAUGUUGCAUAUGAGAUUAACUCCUCGGAAAGCACAAUUGAAUUUGCUUGCGUAAAGCCCUCCUGCCUGCUUAAGAUAUCCAAUCUUAUGCAUGACGCUGCACUGUCUCUACAGAAAAGAUUGAGUGACUUCGAAAUACCUAGCGACGCUUAUUUCAGACAUGCUGAAAACCAGCAACUGUUUUGAAACCAGCAAACAAUAAUAUGAGAUAGUUACAUGGAUUUUUUUCUCGAGAAAACGCAAAAUACCUUUGCGUUUCAUUUCAUUGAAAAGGCGGGAGUUUGGGUUACAAUCCUCCUAGGAUUGCAGCAUUUAUCAAAGUACACCUCUAUGCUUGAAUUACUGCUCUGUAAGUGGAGCAGCUCAUACCCAUUGAAAUCAAGGCAUCUGCAUCACCUGAGGGGCCACCUUUCUAACAUGGAUGGCUAUGCUGCUUCCCGCUGUGGAAAACGGCAAUGAUUGUUGAGCCAUCUGUGAUUUUGCAAUCUAUGUAAAACAGUGCCAUUCCUUUAUUUGCAUGUAUUUUUAGCAAUGUCACUCUCAGUGGUCUGCUACGUAUGCAAUGGUGGAUUUACUUUUAAUUCUCAGUGCUCAUGCUGAAAUCUCCUAUACUCUAUGCUGCUGUCAGUUGUACUGGUGGAGCUUGUUGCAUAAAGGUAAUGGUAUGGCCAUGAAUUUACUGGUGUGACUGAACUUUCACUUUAGUCUGCAGAUCGGGUGACAGAGGAGAAGGAAUCAAAGCAUUUGCUUGACGAAAGUUUCUUGCUCUUGUACACUGAAUUUUGUGUACUGCUGCAGUUCCGGUCCCCUGAAUUUGUGUACUGCUCUGCGACAGUAAGGGUUCCAACAAUCCAACUUGCAGCCUUUACCUUCUCCGUUCAUAUCUUGGUCUCUGCUACCCUGACAUGUGCGCUAUCUGAAAAUAGUUGAAGGCAAACCAUUCUUACGUUCUUCCUCAAUCUUUUCGAUGAACAACAUAACUUAGAUGUCAACUGAGUUUGCGAGGAAUUGGGGUGGAUUGGAAAGGCUCUGAAAAGGUCUUCAUUCUCGUAUGUUACUGAAACUUUGGUUACAUAGAAAGCUAGAUUCAGUCGCAGAGCUAGCUAAGCAUUCAGCCAAAUUCCUGUUUGUAUUCAGCAUGUAAAAAUUAAGAUUUAGCCAUUUUUUAGCAUAGUUU